AUGUCUGGUUCGCCUUCAAGACCGACUGCCGUCGACCUGUUAGCCUUAAAUGACGCCCAGCUUCGUGAAAUUAUGGAGCAAAGCCGGCAACCUGAUGGCUCAUAUGCGCUUCUGGUGGCUAAUGACUUUGGUCCACGGUCACAAGAAGAGCGAGAUGGCCUUGCCUAA